AUAUAUAGGUCAAGAGUAACACUCUUGUGUUGGUGUAACCACACUAUCUAUGGACCAUAGAAACUUUCACACAAACAUCUAACCACCCUUCCAAACCAAGCAAAACAACACAAACAAUGACUAAACAAUCCUAUAAUUGUGCCAAUAACAUCCAUUAGUAGCAUCUCAGUUUCUUAAUAAGGUUCUCUCUAAUAGCAAUGCUUACCCUUCAAAAAUCAAUAUGACACUCAAAGCCUUUGUAUCACUUAUCUUCAAUUUUAUUGGCCUAGAAGAAGCACACACAAACAAUGAUGCAACUUUACCAUACCUUGUUGCCACUACAUCAAUUCUCCCAAACAAAAUCAACCAACAAUCAUCAGAAUCUUCAACAACAAAAACAACAACAUCCAAUGAUGUUGGAUUGUGUUGUGUGUGCUUGUCUAUGUUAAACAACAAAGAUGAAAUUCGUGUGCUUCCUUGUUCGCACGAAUUUCAUAAGGUUUGUGUGAAUAGUUGGCUAAAGGGUCAUCAUAAAACAUGUCCAUUGUGUCGGUUUCCAAUGGGAGCUGAAGAAAAGUCUCAUCGUGCUGAAAUGUUUUCUGAAGAGAUGCUAAUAUGGUUUUCUUCUUUUCAUAUAGCUGGUAUGUAAAUGUAAUGAUUUUGAAUUUUCAGAAAAGAAAAUUUUCUGGUUUCGCUAUAAUCAGCGACUUUGCUUGAA